AUGAGCGACAACAAUUUUGAGCAACGGUGUGCUAUCCGAUUUUGUUUCAAACUUGGACACAGUGCGACAGAAACUUUUCAAAAGCUCCAACAAGUAUAUGGAGAAAGUGUACUUUCAAGGGCUCAGGUUUUUAGGUGGUUUAAGGCAUUUUCUGAAGGCAGAGAGGCGAUUGAAGAUGAACCUCGCAGUGGAAGACCUUCAACUGCAAAAACUGAUGAAAACGUCAUCAGAGUUCGAGAUCUUGUCCGAUCCGAUCGUCGGUUGACCGUCAGAAUGAUCGGAGAACAGUUAGGAUUGACUCACACCACCGUUCAUCACAUUUUGACCAAUGAUUUGGAGAUGAGAAAAAUUUGUGCAAAAAUGGUUCCUUGGCGCCUUGGCGCCACACAGCCAUUUCAAUCAACCAGUUUUUGGCAACCAAAAAUAUUCCUGUGGCCCCUCAACCCCCUUAUUCACCCGACUUGAGCCCUUGUGACUUUUUUCUCUUUCCACGAAUAAAGAUUCACCUUAAAGGACGACAUUUUGGGACACUAGAAAAUAUUCAAUCAUCUGUGACCGAUGAACUGAAAGCUAUUCCAGUAACUGAGUUCCAGAACUGCUAUAAACAAUGGAAACAUCGACUCCAGCGCUGUGUGGAUUCUCAGGGCAACUACUUUGAAGGAGACAAUGUAAAGUAG